AUGUUCAGCACAAACCUCAGCCUCACCGUGCCAUCGCUCCUUAUCAUGGACGGUGGCACACCCAGGACGCCAGAGAUCCUGAACUCGCUUAUGGCCAUGACAAAUCCGCUCGAGUACUCAUACCCAGUGAACAACUCACAGCAGACAUCACUGAACGACAGCCAUUCCAACAGCUCCGACUCUCCAUUGGACUCUCCAGCCAGCCAACAACAUCAAUCCCAGCAGCAACAACUUCACCUUCACACCGGCAAGACGCCGAGCGUACAACAGACAUGUUCGCAACUGAUCAAGGAAGGUGUGAAACUGCUGAUUCAGAGUAAGCGCAAGCACAGCGGUGGAGAUUCGAGCGAUGGAAACGAAUCCAGCACGCCGAAGGCAAAGGUAGCACGCCGACGUGACCCCUCCAUGACCGAUCACCGGGAGACGAGUGAAGAUGACAUGGAAUCGAAGGCGAGUCCUCGCUCGACUGUUGCGCUAACACCAGAAGACGAGGACCGGCGACGGCGACGCCGCGAACGGAACAAAAUCGCCGCUACCAAGUGUCGCAUGAAGAAGCGCGAACGCACGGUUAAUCUUAUCAACGAAUCGGAAACACUCGACGCACAGAACAAGGAAUUAAAGUCGCAGGUCAGCAAGCUGGAAACGGAGUACCGGAAGCUGGUGGAGGUAUUGCAAGCGCACGGUCCCACCUGCGUUCACCAGAAGGGCUAUCAACCGCUUCCCUCACUGUCGACCAUAACCGGAAGCGGUGGUAGUGUUGGCACCGGCAAAUAUCUUAACGAACUAAACUAUCUGGAACAGGACCAAACGGGCCAGGGAGAAAUUAAGUACUCCGAGUGUUUGAAAUCGGUUUCCUCCAGUUCCGGCUCACCAAUGGAUAGCUACUCCAAGCAAGACUCUGGCAACCUUCUUCCUCCCGGUUAUUGUAAGCUUUCGCCCACGGAAACGACUACCUUCCUGCUCGAAUCACCCUCAGAAUUGCCCGGUACUGGAGAGCAAAUAUCCAAAUCCGAUUACAUUCCCGGACCUGCAGUAUCUACCACUUCUUCACGACCGAACUCCAACGCCCAACAAACCACGAAGAACGGACGUUCUAAGCCCGGACCCAAACCACGACAAUCUAGAGCGCAGAACAAAACGACUCCAGCAGCGGUGGCCACAUCCACAGGCACUAAUCUGCCUUCCCUAAACAGUACCACAACCACCACCUUCGGUAGCAAAGGGAAUCCCCUGAUUGCAGCAACUCUCAUGACGACGACACCUUCCUCCUCUCCCUCAUCUGUACCUUCUCCACUAACUGUAGGAAACUCGGUGUCGACAGUGAACGUUAUCAACCCGCUCGGAACACUUGUCACCGCCGACGAUGACGAUUUUAUUCUGAAAAAUGAACUCAUCGACACGCACAGCCCUUACACAACGGUGCAGAGUGCGGAUCGGUUUCUGUUCGAUGCCACACUUGAUCUGUACAACAACAACGCGCACAGUCCUCUUACUGCCGGGCUCAACUGUGCCCAAUCGCAUCAACAACAGCAGCAGCAACUUCAGCAACAAUCGCAACACAAUCAUCAUCUGCAGCAGCAACAGCAACAACAGCACGGUGCAACUCUCAACAACAACAAUCCAACCAUGGUAAACGAAAAUGACAAGCUUAAUCACCUGAACGCCAUUAAAGACAACACCUCCAAUACGCUGCUCGAGUUUGGGUCGAGCUUUGAAACGCUAAAGCCCGCCACAGUAGACUAUACGCAGCACCAACAACAACCACAGCAGCAGCAGCAACCACAGCAACACUCCAACGGGUUGCAUCAUCAACCGCAGCAGCAGAUGGACAGUUUGUUGGUUGUCGGUGAUCCAACUCUCGGCCAUCUGCUCCAUCAUCACCAGCAGCAGCAACAGAAUCUCCACCAGCACCAUCACCAACAUCAGCAACAGCCACAGCAGCACCAGCAGCAACAUCAUCAACACAACCAGCUGCAGCAACACCACCAGCUUCAGCAUCAACUACAACAACAUCACCUGCAACAGCAACAGCUCCAGCAGCAGCAGCAGCAACAACACCACCAACAGCAACAACUCGUCCACAAUGCACUCGAUCUGCUGGGACCGGUCGCAAAUGACUUCCUCCUAAUGACUGACGAUGAUCCGACGGAUUUCACCGAUCUGGAUAGUGGCAUAACCGCGUACAGCAGCAUCAACGGAUGUCUAGCGUGA